AUGGCGGAUUAUAGCGCACCCGUCUCUGAUUUUCAACCUCACGCCUCCGUCAACGACGAAGAUUCAAACCCUCUAAGUUUCUCCUUCUCCGGCGGCAGGUCUCCCAACUCUAACAUUAAGGCUAGUAGUAGUACCAUUGAUAAUCAUCAACAAACUGAUGAGAAGACUGCAAAGAGGCGUACAGGUAGGCCUCGAGGAUCCAAGAACAAACCCAAACCGCCCAUUGUUGUGAGGAGGGACAGUGAAACUUCGCCGCUGAAGACGGUGGCUUUUGAAAUCUCCCCCGGGUUCGAUGUUAUCGAGAGGAUUAUCAACUUCGCCUGUAGAAAUCAUGUCGGUGUUGGUAUAAUCAGCGCCACCGGUUCUGUUUCAAACGUCGAGCUCUGCAAUGCUUCUCCACUACAACCACCGCUCUUUCUGGAGGGACCCCUUGAGUUACACUCCUUGAUCGGCUCAUUCUUCCCGGAAUACGUUAAUCCGCCUUCUUCCAACGGACCAGUACCCCAAUCAUCACUGUCGUGUCAUUCUUUUCACAUAACUCUUGAAGGGCCACAAUUUCAACUCCUUGGAGGGAGAGUAGUGGGGCAACUGACGGCGGCAACACAAGUGGUGGUGGUGGCGGCUAUUUUGGAAAACCCUUGGUUCGAUGACAAUGAAGUUCGCCGUCAGCCAGAAAAAGCUCGUAACGCUAACGGCGCAACCGGGAGUUCCGCUUCUACUGGCGUGCACAUGGGAGGGGAGAAUCCGGCUGCAUGCACCUUAACGUUUACUCAACUUCUUAUGCAGAGAUCCUUCACAGAAGAUGAAUUUGCUAUGUGGCUUAAUUAG